AUGAUCCAUUUUGCAUGGAUUCUGGCAGCAUGGGUCGCUGCUGGCGCUGAGGCGAAGAACUUGCGUGGCUUGAUUGACGAAGGCCCGGAAGAAGGAGGCUGGUUCCCAGAACUUCGAGACGAAGUUGCCAAGUUUGCAAGCAAAGCUAUGCAAGCUCUGGACAUUGAGGGAAGCCAAGGAGGUGCACCGCGGGCGGAUAUCAACACCACAGCGAGUGGUGAGCACUUGGUCGAGGAGCUUCUCAGCAACAAGAAGCUCACGCAGGAGGUUCGUCUGAAGCCCAAUGCCGUCGGCUUGAUUGAAGCGGGCCGAAUCUACGACAUCUACAUGAAGGAUGCCCAAGUCGGCGCCGGGACCCAUGUCUCGGUAGAGGACGAUGAGGUGCACUUCGUCGUGGAAGACUUGAGCGUCCAUGUGGAAUGCAAUUACGAUCUUCGUCUUACCGAGUACCAGUACGGUGAGUCCGGCAAAGUUGAGGCGCGCUUGUGUGAGACUGAGACCAGCGACGGCCAUGGCGGUUUCAUGUGCUAUCCAGGUCAUGCAAAUGUCAUUGUACUACUGUAUCUCAACCUGAUGACGUGGACCACGUAG